CCGGUGAGCGUUUAGAAUCAGAGUGAGCAUGUAUAUCUCAGGGAAAAAGAAGUCAAUAUUGAUGAAGUAUGUCAAAUAAGAAAACGUGACAGAGAUUGGCCUGGUCUUGUGAUGGACAACACGAAGGCAGCAGUAAAUGGUGGGGGGUGCACCUCUCCCCCUUUUAGGCACCAUCUCCCUCAGGUGGCUAACUUAACCAGGAACAGUAAGAUUGCACAGAGCAAAGCUGGAGCAAAAGUGGAAGCCGUGAAAGAUGAAGCGACACUGGUGGUGGAAGAUGCAGGAAAAGUGAUCAGGAUGAAUGCAGACCUUAAUAUGGAGAUUUCAGUGGAAAAUGUUCAAGGUGAACAAGAGAGACCACUGGUUCAUCCAAAAGAGAGAGCGAAGGCGGAGGCAAGAUCUCAAAUAAAAAUUGAAAAGGAACAAACAGCAAAACAGGAAAAUAGUAACGAGCAGGAAAUGCAAACAAACAGUGACAAAUCUGAAGGUGUUGACAAUAGCUCAAAUACAUUAACAAAGAUAAAAGACCCCAAACCUAGCACGCCGGUUAGAAAAAAUAAACAAGUGAAAGAGAAAUCGGGAAAUUAUAAAAACAUAUUUGAAGUGACUCAUGUGGAAGGAAAACGUCAACGGAAGCCCAAAGUUGUGCUUGAAAUGGGAGAAAAAUCUCCAAAAAGUGUCGAAGAGAAAUCUCCAAGAGUAGCAAAUGCCAAUAAUUUGGAUACUUCGCAGCAUGCAGAACCUGAUAUGAACAAAUCAGCAACAUUACUGUCUCCUGUGGUGGAUAAACCAACAGAGUGGAAUAUCGGUGAUCAGCUGUGGGCAAAAGUGGCUGGACAUCCCUGGUGGCCAUGUAUGGUAGCCAAGGACCCAUACGAAGAUUUAUACACUAAAAUGAAAGCAAGAAGUAGGAUUUAUCAUGUCCAGUUCUUUGGAAACGAAGGAGAGCGAGGAUGGAUAGGUUCUAGCUCAAUAAUGGAAUUCCAUGGUAAAGAAAAAUAUGAUGAGCAUGUGAAACAAGCUUUUCAGAAUGCGAAAAAGGGUGAAAAAUUAAAACUUGAAAAACUAUACAAAGAGUAUCCAAACCGACAGGCAGCUUGGCUAAUAGCCAUACAUCAAGCAGAGGAAGCAAUGAAAAUGACUCUUGAUGAACGAGUUGAAAAAUUCAAAUGUGUUUACACACCAGAAAAGACUAAAAAACAGAAUUUGAAUAAUAGUGUUAAUAAACCUGUAAAUUCCCCAAAAGGGAAAUCAAAUGAGAGAACACAGAAAAGAAAACGGAAGUCGUCGGAACAGGUGAAAUCAUCAUUAGAGGAAGUAAAAGCAUCUCCCGGAGCUAAACCACGCUCAAAGCGGCGACGAGUUGAUGAGAGUUCCUCUCACAAGGAUAAGAAAAUGGGGGGAUCAUUUGAAGUGUUUUGUAGUAAACACAGGGACAGCAUGAUGGCAGAUCAUCCUGAUUUUGAUGAAGCUAACAUAAAUGAAUGCCUACAACAACAGUGGCUGAUGAUGAGUCAAAAACAAAAGUCUAGAUACAAAUCUAAGCUUCAAGAUUCAGCCGAAAUGUCCACAGAACCUAUGACCCCAAAGUUGACAGAGAGACCACAUCUUGGAGAUGAGGACGAGGAUAUGGAAAAAGAAUCUAAGUUGAUUGGAAAAUUAAAACUAAAGAGACAAAAAUCCACAAGUGAUGAGAGCAGUUCAGACAAUCAGGAAGAAGAAAAAUCCUCCAGCAGUAAAAGUCAGAAGUACCUUUGUCAGGUGUGUGAGGACACAGGUGACCUGAUUGAAUGUGAAGGGGAUUGUCACAAUUAUUUCCACAAGGCAUGUGUGGGGGAAAAUGUGGAGGAACCUUUCAAGUGUGAGGAGUGCAAAUCUGGACUGCACACAUGCUUUUCAUGCAAAAAGAAAGACGAGAUUACCAAGAAAUGUUCUGUGCAUUUAUGUGGAAAGUUUUAUCAUGACGACUGCAUGAAUAAAUUGAUGCAAUUAAAAUCGGACACCAAAAAUGGUUUUGUUUGUCCUCUUCACCAGUGUGCAACAUGUUCCAUAGAAAAUUCCAAGAAAACCAAGGCUAGCAAAGGUCGACUUGUCCGUUGUGUUAGAUGUCCGACAGCCUACCACACUGGUGACUUCUGCAUUGCUGCUGGGAGUGAAAAUCUGCCCGGAUACAACAUCGUUUGCAGUAAACAUUUCCAACCAAACCGCACACAAAAAUACCACACUCAUAUAAACGUCAGCUGGUGUUUUGUUUGCAAUUUAGGUGGAUCCCUGAUUUGCUGUGACAGUUGCCCAGCCUCUUUUCAUGCAGAGUGCUUAAAUAUAAAUCCACCAGAAGGCAAUUGGUACUGUAAUGAUUGCUCCAUCGGCAAACAGCUCUUAUAUGGGGACAUUGUUUGGGUCAAACUUGGGAGUUAUAGGUGGUGGCCUUCUGAAAUAUGCCACCCAAAACGGGUGCCUCAUAAUAUACAAGAGAAGACACACCAGGUUGGGGAAUUCCCAGUCCAUUUCUUUGGAACCAAUGAUUAUUUUUGGAUCCAUAAAGGAAGAGCCUUUGGAUUUCAUGAUGGUGAUAAAUACAGCAGAGAAACAACAAGGAAUAAGAGUUUAGCAAAAAUUUUUGCAAGAGGUGUACAAGAGGCAACCGAGGCUUUCCAAGCCCUGAAGGCACUCCGUGCAGACAAGGAGAAGAUGCUGAUAGAGAGAAGUGAAAAGAAGCCAGCUCCUUUCAAAUUUGUCAAGAAUAACAUUCCAGUUGGAAGCGUAGUAAUUCCCAAACCAGACCUGACUAGUAUACCUCGGUGUGAGUGUGAUCCAAAUCACGAGGCCCCCUGCAGCAGUGACACGGAUUGUUUAAAUCGUAUGCUGAUGUACGAGUGUCACCCUAGUGUCUGCCAGUGUGGGGAGAAGUGUCAUAACCAGCGAUUCCAGAGACGAGAAUAUCCCGACUGUACGCCAUUUAAAACAGAGGGAAGAGGCUGGGGGCUCAGAACAAAUGUGGACAUCAAAAAAGGACAAUUUGUACAUGAAUAUGUAGGAGAGCUUAUUGAUGAAGAUGAGGUCAAGAGAAGGAUUGAUGAAUCACAUGAAAAUAACAUCAGCAACUAUUACAUGCUUACCCUAGACAAAAAUAGAGUGAUUGAUGCUGGACCAAAGGGCAACCUGUCCCGAUUUAUGAAUCACAGCUGUGCACCAAACUGUGAGACCCAGAAGUGGACAGCCAAUGGGGAUGUCCGUGUGGGAUUAUUUGCACUUUGUGAUAUCCCUGCAGGCACUGAGUUAACAUUCAACUAUAAUCUGGAAUGUCUGGGAAAUGACAAAACUAAGUGUAACUGUGGAGCUGAGCUAUGCAGUGGUUUCCUUGGUGUGAGACCAAAAUCUGCUGUGGCUGCUUCAGUAGCUAAAAGUAAGAAAAAGGAUGAAAAAAAGAAAAAGAAGAGAAACAAGAAGAAAGGUGAUGGAAAGAAGGAACAUGACGAUGAAUGUUUCCGAUGUGGAGAGGGAGGAGAGCUAGUGAUGUGUGACCGUACGGGCUGCCCUAAAGUGUACCACUUACAUUGUCUGAAACUGUCCAAACCCCCACAUGGUAAAUGGGACUGCCCAUGGCAUCACUGCGAUGAAUGCGGAAAGCCAGCUGUAACGAUGUGUGGCGAAUGUCCCAAUUCCUUCUGUGCUACCCAUACCGAGGGCCACAUGAAAGACAUAGAUGGAGUGUCAGUCUGUAUGGAGCAUGACGAGGUCACGUCUUCAAGUUGUGCAUCCUCCGACACCCAGUCUGACGAGGGUGGAGAGGACAGCAAUGGCCAAGCCAGAACCAAAGCCAUUCUGAAGGAAAACCUGGUGAAAAAGCGCAACCUGAACACAAAGCCGGAAGAGGACCAGGGUGCUGGUGGAAGCAAGAAACCCCGAAAACAGAGUGUUGGAGAUUCCAAGAAAGGAGAGGGUAAACGAGUGAAAUCUGCUGGAAACCCUCUGGCUGUGGCACCUAUGUUCGAUGAUAGCGAUGAGGGUUCCGAUGACCUAGUUAUCGAUAUUCCAGCUGUUCCUUUGUAAUUUGUGUGUUUCAUAGCACUGUUUUUUUUUUCUCAAUUAAUAUGUUUAAACUUUGAAUUAAUGUUAUAGUACAGAAUAAAUGAAUAAUGAAAUAUUUUUAAUGCAAAACUUACGGAUUUUAAGAUAUUUUAAAUGAAAUGAGUCUUGAGGGUCUUACUUUAUAUAGCAAUUUUAUUUUUAAUUGUAAAUAUUCUAUUGGCCUGAACUGUACAAUAUUUGUAAGUUAUGGUGUAAUAGAAUUUAUGUAAAUUUCUCUAGGCUUUGCAUGGAUACUGUAAUAAAAAAAGUGAAUGUAUUGUAAAUAAGGGAUUCUUUUUAAGACUUACUGAAAAGUUAUAAAUUUAUAUUUAGAAGUAUGUAGUGUGUGUGAAAUGGUGUCCAAAAAAUGUUAUAUAAAUGUUAAUUUUAAACAUGUAAUAUUCACAAUGUAGAUAUCAUCUUUGCAUUUUCAAUUUUUGACUUCUUAAGCAAACAUUGCAUCUUUAUUUAAAUUUGGUUGGAAUCAUACAUGUAUAUGUUCACAUUAUAUGUUGGGUAGCUGUGUGUAGUAUAGAGUUAUUAUUAGGGCCCAAUAAGAAUUUGCAGGUUCCCUGUAGUAAUCACUCUGUCUGUCCAUCCUUUCACAAAAAAUUUCUUCCCAAUAACUUGUUCUUUGAUUGUCUAACAAUGUUCAAAUUUUGGUAUGUUGUUUCAGCAAGCAUAUGCAUGUAUUUUGAUACCAAGGUUGAUUCAUUAUGUUGUCAGAAUUUUGGUAGGGAGUGUAGGAUAGAUUUCUCAAUUUGUAAGAAUGAAUUGACAAAGAAUCUAGUAGAAGGGGAUAUAACUCUGAAGAGUCCCCGUGCUUGUUGCACAGAAAUCUAUUUCACAUUUACUAAUACCACUGUCCUCAAGUAAUAUUUGUGUGAAGUUAGGGUUGUUGCUGGGUGAUGUUGGCAUUUUCUAAGGGUUGGUAUUUAUAAAAUGUAUACUUUAUUUUGGUUGAAAUAAGUUUUAAUGACUCAUAAUUUUAAGUAUUUCGUCAAUAAAAUAUUAUAAUUUCAUAAAUGUUGUAUUUGUUUCAAAGAAUCAAUCUUUUUUUUAUUCAAAGUUUCCUUUCAAUUUUUUCUUCAUUAUCAAGUUAUCACAAUCACUCCCAAACCCUCCCUUAGAUAUACGUCCCUCAGCAGGGCCCUUGCUGAUUGGUCAGUUUUCAUGUUGACAUUAGACCCUCUUCUGGCAGCAUACAUCAUGUACAUGCAUGUAUGUGUUGCAGAACAUAACGUAGGUCAUAUUGUACAAAUUUAUUUUAAUAUCCAUUUUAUCAUGUAUUAAAGUAUGAAAUAUUUUUAAUUUUUCAGUUUGUGAAUAAAAUUAUAAUCAGCCAUCAGUGAGCUUAAAUGUAUUUCAUCUCAUUUUGUUAAAAAAGAAAAAUUAAUUAUCUAAACUGUAAUUGUCCUAAAUAAUGUGCAUGAAGUGAAGAAAGAAACAACUAUUACAUAGGUAUUAGUGUUUUAUUUAUUCUGUACAUGUACAUUGUGUGUAUGUAAAAUAAAUUUUAUCACACUUA